GGGAAGCGCCAAAGUCUUCCAACAAGGCAUCCAACGGCCAAACCUACCCUUCCUGAGUUCCUAUGAAACUCACUGCUGGUAGUUGCAUUCAUUCUGUGGGAAACACCAAAAUGCUCCACAUUUUCAACAAAAGAUUGCCUUCUCAGACAACAGAAGAAAUUCGCCAAAAUCUAGUCACUGGCAACAAUAAUGUUUCGAAAAAUGGUCUCACAAAAUCAUUCUGGGGCCUUUGGCAGCGCUUCUUUGGAAAGACAAUUGAUGGGGGUUCGAGGACUGAAGAGGAAGCAAAGGUAUACUCGUGGCUAUAUGCAUUGGCUCAAUCUGGGAAGGAUUUGGUCUAUGAAUAUGUGCAAUCAACUGAAAGAGGUUUGAGCUUCAGGGAGGCUGAAAGGAGACUGAAGGAAACCGGGCCAAACAUUCCAAUUCACACUAAAUUCCCCAGAUGGUGGCAUCUUCUUUGGAAUGCCUUAUUUCAUCCAUUCCACAUCAUCCUCAUUGUUUUGUCAGUUUUAUCUUACAUUACUAGCGACGAACCAAACGGAUGCAUCAUGCUUGUACUAGUCUUCAUUAGUGUCUCCCUUCGAUUUUACCAGGAAUACAGUAGCUCAAAAGCGGCAAUGAAGUUGUCUGAAUUUCUAAGCUUCCCAGUAAAAGUUCAAAGGUGCGCUGGUAGAACAGUUCAGACAGAAUUAGUUGUUCAAGUUGAUCAAAAGAAUGUUGUCCCAGGUGAUAUUAUCAUUUUUGAACCUGGGGACCUCUUUCCUGGUGACGUGAGGCUACUAACUUCAAAAAAUCUGGUAGUGAGUCAGUCCUCACUGACAGGAGAAUUUGGAGCUACAGAGAAAACAGCUGAUAUCAGAGAAGAUUCAAGCACUCCGUUGCUGGAUUUAAAGAAUAUAUGCUUCAUGGGAACAACUGUAGUAUCAGGGAUUGGAACUGGUCUGGUUGUCUCCACUGGAUCCAAGACUUAUAUGAGCACAAUUUUUUCAACUACAGGGAAGCUGAAGCAACCAGACGGCUUUGAGAGAGGUGAACCAAGUGAGAGCAUACUGUUUGGUAUGUCAGUUGCUAGUGCACUCACUCCUCAGAUGCUUCCGCUCAUCAUUAACACUAGUCUUGCUAAAGGUGCACUUGCUAUGGCCAGAGAUAGAUGCAUAGUCAAAAGCUUAAGUGCUAUACGAGACAUGGGAUCCAUGGACAUUAUAUGCAUUGACAAAACUGGUACUCUUACCAAGAAUACUGCAAUCAUGAUCAAUUACUUUGACAGCUGGGGCUUGCAAAAAGAGAAGGUCCUAAGACUUGCUUUCCUAAAUGCUUUCUUCAAAACACAACAGAGGUAUCCUUUGGAUGAUGCCAUAAUGGCACAUGUAUAUACAAGUGGUUUCAGGUUUCAGCCAUCUGAAUGGAGUAAGGUAGAUGAGAUUCCUUUUGAUUUUACGCGUAGAAGGAUAUCCGUUAUUUUGGAAACAAGAAUGACUGAAAAUUGUGUGAGCAACUACUUUACUGACAGAAUUGUGAUAACUAAAGGAGCACUGGAGGAAGUGAUAAAAGUUUGUUCCUUUAUCGAGCAUGUUGAUAGUGGUGAUACUUUGGCAUUCUCCACUGAGGCCUAUCAAAGGAUCUUAAAUAUGGCAGAAGAACUAAGUAGUCAAGGAUUAAGGCUUCUGGCUGUAGCAGUCAAAAGGCUUCAGAUGAUAACAGAUAGCAGAAGCAUGGUUUAUGAUGAACACAUCGAAUCUGACAUGGUUUUCUUAGGCCUCAUAACUUUUUUUGACCCACCAAAGGAUUCAGCAAAGCAAGCUUUGUGGAACCUAGCUGAAAAGGGAGUAAAAGCAAAGGUAUUAACAGGGGAUGCGCUAUCCCUCGCAAUAAGGGUUUGCAAAGAAGUUGGGAUUAGAACCACUCAUGUUACUACAGGCCCUGAACUUGAGUUACUUGACAAUGACUCUUUCCAUGAGAAUGUGAAAAGAGCAACAGUUUUGGCUAAGCUCACCCCAACUCAGAAACUUCGAGUGGUGCAAUCUUUGCAGACAGGGGGCAACCAUAUUGUAGGGUUCCUGGGAGAUGGAGUAAAUGACUCGCUUGCAUUGGAUGCCGCCAACGUCGGUAUCUCUGUUGAUUCAGGCGCAUCAAUUGCAAAGGAAUCUUCUGAUAUUAUCUUACUUGAAAAGGAUCUUAAUGUUCUGGUGGCUGGUGUGGAGCAAGGUCGGCUUACAUUUGGGAACACAAUGAAGUACGUCAGAAUAUCAGUAAUUGCCAAUCUGGGAAGUAUUGUUUCAAUUCUCAUUGCAACCAUAUUUUUUGGGUUUGAACCAUUGACACCAAACCAACUACUUGUGCAGAGCUUCUUAUAUAGUUUGGGCCAAAUUGUAAUCCCAUGGGACAAUAUAGAAGACGAUUAUGUCAAGAUUCCACAAAGAUGGUCUCUCAGAGGCUUAACCAUGUUUACAUUGUGGAAUGGUCCUGUUUGUUCUAUAUGUGAUUUAGUAGCUCUCCUGUUCCUUUGGUUUUAUUAUAAGAAGAAAUCAUCUGUAGCAAACAAUUUCAUCCAUUCUGCUUUGUUCGUUGAAGGACUUCUAAUGCAGACCUUAAUCAUCCACUUGAUUCGGACAGACAAGAUUCCGUUCAUCCAAGAGGUGGCUUCCUGGCCUGUUAUAUGUUCCACAGUUCUGAUUUCUGCAGUAGGCAUUGCAAUUCCUUACACACCUCUGGGAACAGUACUUGGACUGGUUUCACUACCACUAUCAUACUUUGGCUUCCUAGUUGUUCUCUUUUUAGGAUAUUUUAUUUUCGGACAAAUUGUUAAGCGAGCUUAUAUUAUGGUGUACGAGAAGUGGCUUUAGACAGCAGAUUCAGCCAAACAGGCGGUAUUCUAACAUCACAAAUAGUUGAAAGAAACUUAAAAGCAUGCAUUUUCAUUUUGUAUUCCAGUGUAUUACAAAAUUUAGCUACAAUGUUGUAACAAGACUAUUCCCCUUGUUGAUGGGGGUUUUGGAACAUUCUUUUUCCAGCAUCACCUUCAAAUAAUAAAAAAACAUUAGAGUGUGAUGCUUGUGCCUGAGCAGAACAGG